AUGGCCACGGCGUCCCCCGUUCCGCGUGUCUAUGUAAAGAACCAGGCGGCCGAGCGCGUGCAUGUGGCGCUGCACGGCGAUGAGCUGGCUGUGCGCACGCCGGACGCGACGUGCACGGUGCCGCUGCCGGUGCCAGUGAGCGACGUGCGCGACGUGCGCGUCGUGCCCGCGAAGGUUGAGGUGACGCUCUCGAAGCGCAGUGCAGGGAGUGCGAGUGCUGCGGCGCAGGAAGCCGCGCCGCGCCGCGCGUCCAAGUGGGACCGCCUCGACGUCGACGAGGACGCGCCGCCGGCCGGCUCGGGCGACGCCGAGCUGCAGGCGUUCUUCCAGAAGCUGUAUGCGGAUGCGGACCCCGACACGCGGCGCGCGAUGGUGAAGAGCUUCCAGGAGUCGGGCGGCACGGCCCUCAGCACCAACUGGGCCGAGGUCGGGCGCCAGACGGUGCCGGUGCAGGCGCCCCAGGGCAUGGAGGUGCGCCAGUAUGAGCAGUAG